UAUAGUGUAUAGUGACAAAGUUGGCAUCCAUAAGCGUUACGGCUCUGGCUACAAAAUAUCUUCGUCAUCGACUUUUCGCGUGAUAGCGAUCAUCAUACAUCUGAAUAUAUACUAACGAUCCAAGCUUUUAUGGCGCAUUUAAGCUACAGCUGUUAGUCAAAAUGGAAACGUCUGAUCAACUACCAGCCGACGUAACUCACCACGAUUCGAGCAAAAUGACACCUGAAACAACAAAUACUCCUCCCAAGAAAGCAAACUUUGAAGAAGCCGUGGCGGCUACUGGUUACGGAAAAUUUCACUAUCUCUUAUAUCUGGCUAUAAUUCCUGCUUCGUGGGCAUCUGGUUUUGAUACAACUGCAGUUUCUAUGAUAUUACCAUCUGCAGAAUGCGACUUAAAUCUCAAUCUUUAUCAAAAAGGCGUUUUAAAUGCAAUUGUUUAUGCAGGAAUGGUUAGCAGUGCUUUAUUAUGGGGAUUUGUAGCAGAUUCGUUUGGGAGAAAACCCAUAGUUUUUUAUGGUUACCUCCUUGAUUCAAUAUUGAAUAUUAUGAGCGGCUUUUCAUCAAAUUUUCUAGUCCUGGCAUUUUUCAAAUUCAUUACUGGCUUUGUUGUCAGUGGGCCAUACGCUUCUGUCUUGACAUAUUGCGCUGAAUUUCAUUGUACCAAAGAGAGGCCGAGAGUAACAAUGCUUAUUGGAUUUUUCCUUACAAUGGGUAGCAUUGCCAGCCCAGCUAUAGGGCUGGCGAUCAUACCACAGAAUUGGUCGUUCGCUAUAAUGAAUUAUGAAGUUCACGCUUGGCAAAUCUAUCUAAUGAUUUGUGGUCUGCCUGUUCUUUUUGGAUCAUUAUGUAUUGGCUUUUUUCCAGAAAGCCCAAAGUUUUUAAUGAGCCAGGGUCGUAAUCAAGAGGCUCUUGAAGUUUUUCAAACAAUUUACGCAAUCAAUACGGGUAAAUCGUCUCAUUCGUAUCCAAUAAAAGAGUUGGCGGAUGAGGUCACGACUACUUCUGAUUCAAACAACAGAGUGAGCGUCCAAAACAAAGAUUUGAAAGCUUCUAUCCAUGAUGGCCUCUUACAGAUGAAACCAUUGUUCUUAGGAUCAUACUUCCUUAGGUUGUUAUUAGUACUCACUAUUCAAUUUGGUGGCAUGUUAAGUACUAACACUCUGCGUCUGUGGCAACCACAAUUAUUUGCAAUAAUGGCAGAAUCCAAUCAAAACAAUCAAACGAAUCGAACCGACGUAGCAUUCUGUCAAAUUAUUGAUCAGUCUAUACUUUCACAUAUCCAGGAUAAUGUAUCAAAUAUCGCCCUUAAUGUUACAGAAAGUCCGACAUGUAUUCGGAAAAUUGUUGAAAAUUCAGUCUACACCAACACGAUGAUAAUUUCGUCUGCAUCUCUUUUCUUUACAUUUCUGGCCGGAACACUUGUCAGUGUGAAGAGAAAUAAGUACCUUUUACUGAUCUGCUACUUCGUGGCUACAUGCUCUACCAUAUCUUUAAUUUGGUCGAAAAAUGCAAUCUUAACUUUAUUUUUUAUGAGUCUUUUCGUUGGCUGUUUGAGCGCCACAGUGCAGUUGUGUUCAAGUGUAACCGUUACGCUAUUCCCAACAACGAUGAGAACUAUGGCUGUAAGUCUAACAAUGAUGACUGGACGUAUUGGCUCUUUAAUCGGAAAUAUAUUAUUUCCGGUUUUUCUCCAAUAUGGAUGUAUUGUUGCUCUGUUGAGUAUAUCAUCUUUAGUCGCAGUUGCUUUUAUAUUAACACUAUUUAUUCCUAAGCCCAGAGGGGUAGUUAAUUGAUCGACACAAACAUAUUACAAGACGAAUUGGAAAAGUAGUUGGCAAUGCUAUUUUUCAAUUCUAUCAAUAAUUUUUAAAUAACUUCCGAACGAUUGCGUGAUAAUACUCUAACAGAUAGUAAAACGUCUAUUUGUAAGUAACGAGUAACGCAAGAUUAACUUUUUCGAAAAUAGUCGACUUUAAGUUCAUUUUUUGUAAUAACUCGCAAAGUUAUGAAUUACAAUUAUCAUUCAGUCUUACGAGCUCGUUCUAAAAAUUCAGACAAUCAAAAGAAUUCCAUUCAUUGUCAGAUAUUUUUAUUGUAGCUUGUAAGACCGAAUAACUUUUGUAAUUUAUGAUUAAAUGACGAACUCUCAUAUUUUAAUUUUCGCAAUAUUAUGCUUCAAUUUUAUAAUAAAACGGAACUUUUUUGCUAGUGUACCCUUUCAAAUAAAUCCCAUCCCAUUCAGAAAUAUGCGCAAAUAUA